CGUACGUCGUGCGUGCCGUGAGCUCGCCCGGCACCGCGGCCUCGCCCUCCGCCCCUGCGCCCCGCCGCCCAGGCCGCCGCCCCCCGCCCGCGCCGCCGCCCCCGACGGGGAGGACCAUGGCGAAGGUGGAACAGGUCCUGAGCCUCGAGCCACAACACGAGCUCAAGUUCCGAGGUCCCUUCACUGAUGUCGUCACCACCAACCUAAAGCUUGGCAACCCAACAGACCGAAAUGUAUGUUUUAAAGUGAAGACCACAGCACCUCGCAGGUACUGUGUGCGGCCCAACAGUGGGGUCAUUGAUGCCGGGGCCUCUCUCAAUGUGUCUGUGAUGUUACAGCCUUUCGAUUAUGAUCCCAAUGAGAAAAGUAAACACAAGUUUAUGGUGCAGUCUCUGUUUGCCCCGCCCGACACUUCUGACAUGGAGGCAGUAUGGAAGGAGGCAAAACCGGAAGACCUUAUGGAUUCAAAACUUAGAUGUGUGUUUGAAUUGCCAGCAGAAAAUGCUAAACCACAUGAUGUAGAAAUAAAUAAAAUUAUACCUGCAAGUGCAUCCAAGACAGAAGCACCGGCAGCCGCAAAGUCCCUGACAUCGCCCCUUGAUGACACAGAAGUAAAGAAGGUGAUGGAAGAGUGCAGGCGGCUGCAGGGGGAGGUGCAGAGACUUCGGGAGGAGAGCAGGCAGCUGAAGGAAGAAGAUGGGCUUCGGGUGAGGAAGGCGCUGCCAAGCAACAGCCCCGUGGCAGCUCUGGCGGCCACCGGGAAGGAGGAGGGCCUGAGCACCCGGCUGCUGGCCCUGGUGGUUCUGUUCUUUAUCGUUGGUGUCAUUAUAGGGAAGAUUGCCUUGUAGGGGCCGCAUGCGAAGGAUGGCAGGUUGGAUUGACGGAUCUACCACACCAUGGGAUUUAAAUUUAUCAUAACCAUGCGUAAAAAGAAAUUAAUGUAUGACGGCAUCUCACAGGUCUUGCCUUUAAAUACCCCUCCCCAUGCACACACAAAUGCACACACAAAUAUAGCAUAAUAUAAUGAUCUUUUAGAAAGUUAAAACUGUAUAGGGAAUGGAUGGGGAAAGAAUGGUCUGUUGCCGUAGGACGGGCCGUGAUUAACCACAGUGGCAUCUUGUAGCUGUCACGUUCAGUUUGGGUAGGCCUGGGCACGUGCUGCUAGAUCACUCUCUUAAAGCAGGAAGCUCCUCCUCACAUGUGGGGCUGGCCCAUGGGAGCAGGAGUCCUGUGAGGUGGGGUGAGCUGUCUUUUCUUACCAACGUGGCUUCCCCAGGCCUGCUAUUCUGUCCAGGCACCAUCUCCUCAGGCCUACAGAGCUACAGGUGCCAAAGUGCAUUGCACGGCGGCCAUAUCUCAUGUACCUGUAGGUCACGUGGGAGAGACAUGAGUGGACCAGCGGGUCCAACACGGGGAAAUCCAAGUCUGUGCUCUGUUCUCUUGAAGGGACCAAGCUAAAUUACCACUGGUUUGAGUAGUGAACCGAGUUGUUCUCGGAGAUGGCUGAUGCACAUGUAACCUAUUUCAUCUCGUGUGUUCCUGCUGCCACCAGAGCACAGGCAGUGAGUGCUGCAGACCGCCAGUGAGGAGCUGCUGCUGUGGGCUCUGGAGGUCUGAGGGAUGGGGAGGGUCUGAGUCAGGAAGUGUUUUGUUGUAGGUCAGUAAUAGCUGUCCUGAGGAGGGACGCUCUUUAUAAUGACAGUCAGCUCUGGAUUACCCAGUCUUCUAGAUUGCCCUACCAUCCAUCCUUCUAAAACAUAGGCCAGCUCUGACCUGCCCUUCUCAGGAUGAGUGAGUCAGGCUGCAGAGGGUGAAGGGCACAGAGGGGGUGGGGUGGGGGUGGGGGAGCCCCUCAGCAAAUGCAUCUGCUGGUGAUGAAGAGUCUUGACUGUGGGUUAACUCCAUGCCGUAAAAGACCGGUCCACUCCCGCUCUGCUAUGUAGCGUCUUAAAGGAAGAGACUAAAAUAAAGCCCCAAAUUAAGAGUC